CUCGUGGAGCUGCCAACUUGAACUUCAACUCUGCCUCUGGUGACUCGAUGUCGAACGCGCAGCCUCAGAACGUCGCUGUCAGGCCGCCUGUCGAGGUCUUGAGGGGAGUCCGAACCCGUCCAGCCAUCUGUGUCCAGAAUGAGGCGACAAACCCGACGAGGUUGGUGUUGGGACCUAGAGAUCAGAGACGGGGAUUUGAACCUCAACCGCCGAGCUCUAUCCUAGAGCUGUUCGGUAAAAUGGACGGCGGCCCUGCUGCUGGGCAGGCCACUAUUCCGGUCAGUUGUGGAGUCAUCCAGAGGAGAUAUAGAGGAACAGUAUCGGAAAGCUGACAGCAACCUUUUUUAGAAGAAUACACAGAUAAGAGUUGCACCCAGUAUCAGCACAGCUGCUAGACAAGGACGACUUUCUAGCCCAACAUGCAGCCCAGGGUUUCAUCCAAUGUCGGCACAGCUGCUAGACAGGCUACUAUCCAGGUAUGUUCCGCGUCAUACCAAAGGAGUAGAGGAAAUGAUAGGAGAGCUUAUGACAACUCUUUUCGACAGAACGUACAGCCCCGAGCAUUACCCAAUGCGCGGGGAUUCCGUCUAGGCACUGUCCAGCAGCAUCGGCCAACUAUAGUCCAAAUUGCUGAGCCAAUGCCCUUGAGCACCACACCGGAGAUUUAUCGUUCCCAUGGCGCCAGCUUCAGUGAGUCUCCCCAGAAGAUGCCCUCUGGACUCACUCAGGAUCCGUAUUCUCCCAUAUUCGUGAGUGGCUACAGGAACCUUGCUCACAGCAAUGAAGAUCCAUUCUUCGACCCCGUCCCCACUCGCGGGAGAUCCGCCUUUGAACCGAGGUCUGCGAUCCCAUCGACUCCAUUCCCACAAAACGUCCAAGUUGCCAGCCGAGAUGGUGCUAGUACUGGGCCUUCGAUCGGACGCCUGAUGGGUCCACCGGAGCUCCCAUCGACCUCAAUCCGACCUCCGUGGAUGAGACAACCCGCGUUGCUGGACUUCUACUGGGAGGACCACGAUGUCUCCUCAUUCCCCACUCCCACAGCGGGCCAUGAAGCCAUCACUGACCUCAAUAGCCGCGAUCCGAUGAAUAUGCCAUCGCCCACCGUGAUUGCGCUGGCCAGACGAAGCGAAGAAGCCAGACGCGGAAAACGUCCAGUGCAGGAAGAACCACGCUCACUCAUGUUCUCUAUGGCGCGUUAUGAUUGUCCCAAUGAUGAUGUGAGUAGUCCUGCUUAUGCCCGUGCAAAUUCGGUCCCGAGUAAGGUCGCCCAGUUUGAAGGCGGGCCCAUGCACGGACGUGAGCCAAAGCGCCCUCGACAUGUCAGGUUCAUGGACGAUGCCACCAUUGUGCCGUGCUCGCCCGGUUCGACCGUGAAUUCGAAUGGCGUGGGUAUCGGCUUUAUGAGUCCUCCUGUUGAUGUUGGUGCUCGCCAAGCUGUCGAAGAGAGGGACGAAGCGAGGGAUGAAGCUGCAAGGAGCCCAUUGAUUCAGAAUGAAAAUGGUGCGGCUAACAGCGUUGGUGUUUUGCCAAAUGGACGACGUUGAAAAGGAAAGUACUAAAGACUUGGAAUGGUUGCUUGAGUGCCAUUUGAUGAGAAUGGAGGAGGAACAGCGAGAGCAGAUGGAGAAACAGGAAGCUGUCGGAGGUCUGUCGUCUGUCACCUGCCCCGAUGCUUACAAUUGUGAGAAUUUGUCUGAUGAUGGUAUGGGGAAGAGAGAUGAUGAUGGAGAUCUGGAGAUGAUGCAGUAGGUUUGAGGUUCGUUG